AUGGCGUCUUACACCAUUUCAGUUUGGGAUUGGACUCCUGGUGCGUACGAAAGGCUGUGGAGUAAACUUUAAGGUUUCCCCUAAUCUUCCAUGUUCGGAAGCAUUCUCUCCCAAUACGUUUCUUUUCGAGACGAGGAAAACAAAACGGUCCCAGGAUAGGCUUCGGGAUGGAUUAGGGUGAGCGCUAAGAAAUAGGUUGGCUGCACGUUGCGGCCAUGUGCAUGCUACCCUUGGUUCUGAGGUAUUUGGAACAUGGAGAUAGUACUAAGAAUGCGACUUCUUCACUUCCGUCGACAAGAGAGGAACAUCAACACCAACAUAUUCCUCCGCGUAGCCGUAACCAAGAAGGAGCGUCUCUUCCAUCAAGCAGUCCCAUUACUAGUCCUACAAGGCAUCCUUCUUCAUCUGCAGUAAUAAAUGGAGGUGGAGCUUCAUCGGCUUGUGCGAACCUCAUCAAUAGUUGUAGUCCUAUUGCUAGUCUGGAGAGAGAUCUUCAGGGUGUUGGCGGUUCGGUUGGAAACGACGAAAACGCUGGUUUUCACCUGCGUCACCCUUCGCCCCCAGCUAGUUCAGAGGAAGAACUUUUGGUUGACAAGAUGAAUUUAUGGCUACCGCUGACGCAUGCUCAACGCCACCUCUGGCUUCUUUUUCAAGGGGGAAAAGGGCUCAGGAAUCAAGGGCUUAAUAUAAGGAUGCGACGUGGUAGCUCUAAUGAAUACUAGAACAGAUCAUGCUUCGUCCUCUUCCACCACAACGUUGCCAAAGCUGCAUGCGCACAACCUAGACAUCCACAACAACCUAGACAUCCACGGGCGAACCAGUGGCGUUCUCAUCUUCGCUACACUAGUCAAUAGCUUCUUCAUGACGGUCUACACGAUAUUUGCGCCGUACGACUCGGAUACCUACAUCUUGUGCUCAGCGCUGAAAGCCUUCCUAGCGUGGCAAGCAAGCAUCCGCUUCGCGUUUAUCACUGCGAGGAUACCUCCGGAAUAUCGCGCUAGUGGAAUCGGCAUGAUCGCCACGAUCAAGAACGUGGCAACCGCAGUCGGCGCUUGGUAUUUCUCGAAUGUGUUGUUUGACUCUCGAGUACCCAAACACACGUGGGCAGCGGGCUUGAUGUUUCGCGUUGCCUUGUAUUUCAUGAUCAUCUCAGACGUGUUUUAUAUAUACGCCCUAUUGAAGUAUCGGAAGCCUGAGGAUGCAUUGAGGAUUGAUGACGUUGAAGGUGGGACGAGCAGCACCAAGAGCCGCCUCGUCCCAUGGUGUUGUCGCUGCGUGUCUACACUCUGUCAGUCCAUGUCGUCAACAUUUACGGACUUUUUCUUUGAAAUUUUCUGGGACACAGGAGGUUCCCCUUGUUCUAGGAUAUCAAAUAUUAAGGGAGGUAGUUGUAGGUCCAAGACGCCAAAGUCGACCAGGAGGGCGGAAACUGUUAGUAGUUUUAUCGAACAUGAUGAAAGGCAAGAUGACUUUAAUAAUUCAUUUCACAAUGACCAGCAACAUCUGAGCCCUGAACGGGAAAGCAAUUUUUCCAAUUACCAAGUAGAACAUGAACUACAAUCUUCCAGAUAUACAACAAGGUCACCAUCAACAGGUGAUUCAAUUUUUGCAAGAAUACUGUCAAGAUUGUCAUGGGGAAGGACACCAAAAUCGCCCACUGCAAGAGACUUCACGCAAGUACACAGCCAUAUGCUUUAAUCUAUUGAACAGGUAGAUUAAACUUGCACGAAUAUUACCGUGUGCAAGUCGUGUAAGAUAAGUGGAUAAAAAUCAUGAUAGAUAUUUUUGCCCGGCACGUGCUCGUGCUGGAGGAGAUCAGCGUG